AUGGCGGGUGGGGGUUUCGCCAUUGAUGCACCAGCCAAAGGCUUUGAUGGCAAGAUAACACUCUCAGUUGUCAUCACUUGCAUAGUUGCUGCAUCCGGUGGCCUAAUUUUUGGAUAUGACAUCGGUGUUUCAGGAGGUGUGACAACGAUGGUACCGUUUCUUGAGAAAUUUUUUCCAUCAAUACUGAGAAAGGCAGCUGGUGAUGUAAAUGUGAACAUGUACUGUGUGUAUGACAGUCAAGUGUUGACGUUAUUCACGUCUUCUCUGUACCUUGCUGGGUUAGUCUCAUCUCUUGCAGCUAGUCGAGUCACCACCGCGUUGGGUCGGAGAAACACUAUCAUUUUGGGUGGGGCCAUCUUUCUCGCCGGCGGUGCCAUUAAUGGAGGUGCUGAAAAUAUUGUUAUGCUCAUUUUGGGCCGUAUUCUUCUCGGCUUUGGGGUCGGCUUCACUUACCAAGCUGCACCGUUGUACCUUUCUGAAGUGGCUCCACCCAAAUGGCGAGGCGCAUUCAACACAGGCUUUACAUUCUUCCUAGGAGUUGGCGUAGUCGUUGCAGGGUGCAUAAAUUAUGCUACAGCCAAGCGCACAUGGGGUUGGCGACUCUCUCUUGGCCUUGCAGUAGCGCCUGCAGCAGUGAUGAUACUUGGUUCCUUUCUUAUAUCUGACACGCCUAGUAGCUUGGUUGAACGUGGCAAGAUUGACCAAGCCAGAAAUGCCUUGCGUAAAGCUAGAGGAUCCUCCAUCGAUGUGGAACCAGAGUUGGAAGAACUCAUUAGGUGGUCACAAAUUGCUAAAUCUAUAAAGCAAGAGCCCUUCAUGGCAAUAUUUGAGAGGCAAUAUCGACCGCAAUUGGUGAUGGCAAUUGCCAUCCCUUUUUUUCAGCAGCUUACGGGAAUUAAUAUCGUUGCUUUUUAUUCACCUAAUCUCUUUCGGUCUGUGGGUUUAGGAAGUGAUGCAGCUUUGCUUUCCACCAUUAUACUUGGAGUAGUCAACCUUUCUUCUAACCUCGUCUCCUCUUCUUUUGUUGAUCGAUUUGGUCGAAGGUUCUUGUUCAUAACUGGUGGCAUUCUCAUGGUUGUUUGUCAGAUUGCGGUGUCGGUUUUACUUGCUGUGGUGACCGGCGUUCAUGGUACAAAGGACGUAUCAAAGGGUAACGCUGUGCUGGUAUUGGUGCUACUGUGCUUAUAUUCUGCAGGUUUUGGUUUUUCAUGGGGGCCUCUAGCCGUGCUAGUUCCAAGUGAAAUUUUCCCCUUAAAAAUCAGAAACACUGGGCAAAGCAUAGCUGUUGCGGUGCAGCUCCUAAUACUAUUUGUGCUGUCCCAAACAUUUUUGUCAAUGCUAUGCCACUUUAAGUUUGGCGCCUUCUUGUUCUACGCGUUUUGGAUUGCAGUGAUGACCGUCUUCAUAAUAUUUUUCUUGCCCGAGACCAAAGGAAUUCCCUUAGAAUCAAUGUACACCAUAUGGGGCAAACAUUGGUUUUGGCGACGGUUUGUUAAAGAAGUAGAAGAGCAAGAUAAUCUUCCAUGA